UUUAGGCACUACCGGUCCGCUCGGGUGGAGACGCCGUCCCACACCGGAGGAGUCAGCGAGGAGUUUUGGGAGCGCAGCCGGCAGCGCGAGCGGGAGCGGCGGGAGCACGGGGUCUACGCCUCCUCCAAGGAGGAGAAAGAGCGCAAGCGGGACCACGGCCGGGACCGGGAUCACGACCGCAAGCGGGACCGAGAUGACCGGGACCGAAGCCGACGCAGCGGCAGCGGCAGCAGCCGGUCGGAGAAGGAGGGUUCCUCGGAGAGGAGCGGCAGCAGCAGUCGGAAGAAUGAACCAGAGUCUCCUCACCACCGACCGAAAGAUGCAGCGACACCUUCCCGCUCCAACUGGGAAGAAGAGGACAGUGGCUACAGCAGCUCACGCCGCUCCCAGUGGGAGUCCCCUUCCCCCACACCUUCCUACCGGGAUUCUGAGCGCAGUCACCGAGGGUCGGCUUCCCGUGAUAGCGAGAGGCGUGACCGUGACCGGUACGGGGAAGCAGGCACAGGGUCCGUGAGGAGCAAGUAUCCUGAGGACACCCCACUGCCCACCCCUUCGUACAAGUACAAUGACUGGGCUGAUAAUCAGAAGCACUUGGGGGCCACCCCCUGGCUUUCCAGAGGCAGAGGGAAACGUGAGGAUGGAGAAGAUGGAAUUGCCUUCGAAACAGAGGAAGAGCGGCAGCAGUGGGAGGAUGACCAGCGGCAAGCAGAUCGGGACUGGUACAUGAUGGACGAGGGCUACGACGAGUUCCACAACCCUUUGGCUUCUUCCUCCGAGGAGUACAUCAGGAAGCGGGAGCAGCACCUGCAGAAGCAAAAGCAGAAGCGCAUCUCGGCUCAGCGCAGGCAAAUUAACGAGGAUAACGAGAGGUGGGAGACCAACCGCAUGCUGACCAGCGGCGUGGUGCACCGGCUGGAGGUGGAUGAGGACUUUGAGGAGGACAACGCAGCCAAGGUCCACCUCCUGGUUCACAACCUGGUGCCUCCGUUCCUAGACGGCCGUAUUGUCUUCACCAAACAGCCUGAGCCAGUGAUCCCCGUCAAGGAUGCCACUUCGGAUCUUGCAAUCAUUGCCCGCAAGGGCAGUCAGUUAGUACGCAAGCAUCGGGAACAGAAAGAGCGGAAGAAGGCCCAGCACAAGCACUGGGAGCUGGCAGGCACCAAACUGGGCAAUAUCAUGGGUAUCAAGAAGGAGGAAGACGAAGGGUCCAACCCUGUCUUGGCGGAGGACGGCACUGUCGAUUACCGGACAGAGCAGAAGUUUGCUGAUCACAUGAAAGAGAAGAGCGAAGCCAGCAGUGAGUUUGCUAAGAAGAAGUCCCUUGUGGAGCAGAGGCAGUACUUGCCCAUCUUUGCUGUACAGCAGGAGCUUUUGACGGUUAUUCGGGAUAACAGUAUUGUGAUUGUGGUAGGAGAGACGGGUAGCGGCAAAACCACACAGCUGACGCAGUACCUUCACGAGGAUGGCUACACGGACUACGGCAUGAUCGGCUGUACGCAGCCCCGCCGAGUGGCUGCCAUGUCGGUCGCAAAGCGUGUCAGUGAAGAGAUGAGCGUGAGCCUCGGGGAGGAGGUGGGCUAUGCCAUCCGCUUCGAGGACUGCACUUCAGAGAACACUGUGAUCAAGUACAUGACAGACGGGAUUUUGCUGCGUGAAUCCUUGCGUGAAGCUGAUCUCGACCAUUACAGCGCCAUCAUCAUGGACGAGGCCCACGAGCGGUCCCUCAACACCGACGUCUUGUUUGGCCUCCUGCGUGAGGUGGUGGCCCGACGCUCAGACCUGAAGCUGAUUGUGACUUCAGCCACUAUGGAUGCAGAAAAGUUUGCUGCUUUUUUUGGGAACGUGCCCAUAUUUCACAUCCCGGGCCGUACCUUCCCUGUAGACAUCCUCUUCAGUAAGACCCCGCAGGAGGACUAUGUGGAGGCAGCUGUCAAGCAGGCCCUGCAGGUGCACCUUUCGAGCGCCCCGGGGGACAUCCUGAUCUUCAUGCCAGGCCAGGAGGACAUUGAGGUCACCUCAGAGCAGAUUGUGGAGCACCUGGAAGAGCUGGAGAACGCUCCCGCCCUGGCGGUUCUGCCCAUCUACUCCCAGUUGCCCUCCGACCUGCAGGCGAAGAUUUUCCAGAAGGCCCCCGACGGAGUCCGGAAAUGCAUUGUGGCCACCAACAUUGCAGAGACCUCGUUGACGGUCGAUGGGAUCAUGUUUGUGAUUGAUUCUGGCUAUUGCAAACUGAAGGUCUUCAACCCUCGGAUCGGCAUGGACGCCCUCCAGAUCUACCCCAUCAGCCAGGCCAACGCCAACCAACGGGCAGGCCGAGCCGGAAGGACGGGCCCAGGUCAGUGUUUCAGGCUGUACACCCAGAGCGCCUACAAGAACGAGCUGCUGACGACCACCGUCCCAGAGAUCCAGAGAACCAACCUGGCCAACGUGGUUCUGUUGCUCAAGUCUUUGGGGGUGCAGGACCUGCUGCAGUUCCACUUCAUGGAUCCGCCUCCCGAGGACAACAUGCUCAACUCCAUGUACCAGCUGUGGAUCCUCGGGGCUCUAGACAACACAGGUGGGCUGACCUCAACUGGGCGCCUGAUGGUGGAGUUUCCCCUUGAUCCUGCCCUCUCCAAGAUGCUGAUCGUCUCCUGCGACAUGGGCUGCAGCUCCGAGAUCCUGCUCAUUGUCUCCAUGCUCUCCGUCCCGGCCAUCUUCUACCGGCCCAAGGGCCGGGAGGAGGAGAGCGACCAGGUGCGAGAGAAGUUUGCUGUCCCGGAGAGCGACCACCUGACAUACCUGAACGUGUACCUCCAGUGGAAGAGCAACAACUACUCCACGCUGUGGUGCAGCGAGCACUUCAUCCACGCCAAGGCCAUGCGCAAGGUGCGGGAGGUGCGAGCCCAGCUCAAGGACAUCAUGGUGCAGCAGCGCAUGAGCUUGGCCUCCUGCGGCACCGACUGGGACGUGGUUCGCAAAUGCAUCUGCGCCGCUUACUUUCACCAGGCUGCCAAACUGAAGGGCAUUGGAGAGUAUGUGAACAUCCGGACGGGGAUGCCCUGCCAUCUUCAUCCCACGAGCUCGCUCUUUGGAAUGGGCUACACCCCGGACUACAUUGUGUACCAUGAGCUGGUCAUGACCACGAAGGAAUACAUGCAGUGUGUCACGGCGGUGGAUGGCGAGUGGCUGGCUGAAUUGGGGCCCAUGUUCUACAGCAUCAAACACGCGGGCAAGUCUCGUCAGGAGAGUCGUCGACGGGCCAAGCAGGAGGCCUCGGCCAUGGAAGAGGAGAUGGCUCUGGCAGAGGAGCAGCUGCGUGCACGCUGUGAGGAGCAAGAGCGCCGCAACCCAGUGGGCAGCGUCAGGUCCACAAAGAUCUACACCCCGGGGCGUAAAGAGCAAGGCCAGCCGGCCACCCCUCGCCAUACACCAGCUCGCUUCGGCCUGUAGCUGUUGCCGCUGCCACCACUCAGCUCUGUACAUAGGACCCUGCUGUGCUCAAUGAAUUGGGCAAGGCCCACCUUGGAUGGACACUGAGAAAUAAUUUUAUUGUUUAUAAAAAUGUUGCUGCUUCCUGA